UUGAAUAUGAAGUAUUUGUCACCUCUUGUGUUGUCAUAUGAAGACAGAAUAAGAGAAAAGGAAGAUGUAAUUCUUGGACAUAAGGAGGAUAUGAAGAAUUUUAAAGUACGAGUUGAAGAGUUGGUGAAGGAGAAUGAACACCUGCACAAGCAAUUAAAGAAAAGUAACUUUAUUAGCCCUACAAAAUGGCAACAGCUGCAAACUCAGGCCAUGCUGAUCUUAGAAGAAAAUGAACUGUUGAUGGAGCAAAUCAAAAUUCAACAAGCUAAAGAACAAGAUAGUCCCAGUAAACAUGUUAAAGCAGUUUCAAAAUUGAUAAAACAGAUAAUAAUCUUAGAAAAUAAGGAAAAGAGUCAAACUGAAGAGAUAGCAGAGUGCAAGAAGCAGUUGGAAGCUUUGCGUUCUAUUUUUGAAGAGCUGAAAGCCAAACUGGAUAGCAGACCAGCAGCAGAGGAGCUCUUUACUUUGAUGAAUGAUUUAAAAAGCUGUUUACAACAGGAUAGGGAGAAAAAGUGCCGUCAGACAGAAGAUCUAACGGGAAAGAUAGCAUCACUGCAAGCUGAAAACGAGAAACUGCUUUUAGAGAAAAAUAACUUCAUGGCUAAACACACGAUCUUGAAAACUGAGAUGGAAGCGAUGCAAAAGACAAACAGGCACUUGCAGAAGAAAAUAGGUCGUUUGCUAACGCAGUUGGAGGAAGGAACGGAAAAAGAACUGGAAGCCCAUUACCAUCUAACAAAACUUACUAGUUUGGCGGAAAAUAUAGCUCAGGAACGCGAUAGUCUUAUUCUGUUGGCCAGAUGUUUGGAAAAUGAGAAUCAUGGCGUUUUCAACAGAAUAGUAGAGGGCAGUGUAUGCUUAGGAAGACUGAAAGAAAAGGUUAAGGUAUGUAAAAAGGAAGCAGCGGAGAAGCUAGGAGAUAUGAGUCUCAAAAUGACUGAGCAGGAGAAAGAAUUUGCUGUGAAGACUGCUCUGCACGAGCAAGAAAUGAAGCAUCUCCAGCAUCAGCUGCAAGAGAAAGAGCAAGCCAUUAGUCAAGUGCUGCAGCAGAAGAGUAAAGUGGAAGGCGAUCUUGAAGUCAUUUGGGAAUCCACAUCCAAAGAAAACAGAAGAAUGAGAGAACUCUUGUAUAAACUGAGGAAGAACAACAUGGGGAGUACUGUCAGAGUUUCUGAACCAUACUUACAGGAAACCUUUCAGAAGGACCUCAUUUCUGGACAUGAUUUUAGCUAUUGUGAUGUGAAACCUUCAUCCCUUACUAUAAAUGAAAUUUAGCAAGAAUCUCAGCGGCUUUCCACACCCAGUACAAGAGGCAGUGCCUCUCCAGCAGAAGGCUGGGAUGAAGCUGUUAACUGCCAUCAGCUGCAGCUGCGCCUCGGCCGGCUCACCCCCACCGCUGGGGAUGUUCUGGUAAUGCCUGGGGACUGGGAUGGAAGCUGCAGAGAACUGCGACAACUGGCUAGAAACCACCUAAUUCUUUCAGUUACCAGAACCCCGUGCAGCUUGAGUUAA